GUACGACUGUGACAGCCUAUGCAUUACAUCCUGGUGCUGUAAAUACAGAACUAAUGCGGCAUAUGUCAGAAACUUGGUGGUUUUCUGAAUUCCUUCUAAAACUGGUGGCACCAAUCAAUUACAUUGCCUAUAAGACACCUGAAGAGGGAGCUCAGACCUCCAUUUAUUGUGCAGUAACUCCUGGUAUUGAAAAAGAAUCUGGCAGCUACUUUAGCGACUGUACCAAGAAGAAAUCCAGUGAUCUGUCAUAUGAUGACGAUUUAGCAAGAAAACUUUGGGAUGUCAGCUGUGAGAUGGUAGGACUUGAGUGAGACAUGGUGGAGCAGUAUACCGUAAAUCCUUGAAUAAGCGCUGCGGCGCUUAUACAUUUCUUGGAGGAUUCAGUGCCGGUGCUCAUUCAAGAGCGGCGCUUAUUUAGAAAAUAUUGGCUUAGCGCUUUCCAUGCCCAUUCGCAUGUUACCUAUCUCACAUAUUCCUUUGGACCUACUGUAUAUAACACGUACUAUCUGUUCAUUUGAACACUGUAUACAUUGUAUUUAUAACCCUGUCUCUCAAAGUGUUUCAUUACACACAGGGUAAUAUGUAGUGGUAUAUCUAUACCCAUACAUACUACAGAAUUGACUACUGGCUGUAUUUAAAAGCAGCCUUUUUAAUGCAGUACCUUAGCAAUGUAGUUGAAAUGCUGUUAACUACAAAUUUUUUUCUUGAUGAUUUUUUAGAAACAUUUUAUAGCUUAAGUGUUAAAAUUAAAAAUAGUAUAUAACACUAGAACGGGUAUAAAGGUGAAGUUUAUAUGAAAUAUUUAAUAAUUUCUGAAAUAGGUUUUUUCUAAUUUAUAGUGUACAGUAAUGAAAAUCUUGUACAGUAGCAUUUCCUGCUAAUGAUCCUUUCUAUGAAAGUGGUUAGGUACCUCUACUUGACAGAACACAAAGUAAACCUUUUAAGACUGCAUUUGGAUUGUCAAAACAGUCGAAAAUCAGUGAUGUUAUUAAAAUUUACCAACUUGAUUUAAUUGCUAAAAUUUUCAGAAGCAACUAUGAAUUAUCAUUUAAGAGCACCUUGAUAAUCGGCUGAUUUAACAUUGUUGGAGCGUUUGAGUGUACUUUAUAACAAAUCAAAUAAAUCCUUGUCAUUUAAUUGGUGAAUUUUGUAUCAUGUGAAAUUGGUUAUUUACACCAUUUCGUCACUCAUCAUGCUACCGACCGUACAUUUUUGUUCCAUCUGUUUUGCUUCAUUGCACGCCUCAAACUAAUACAAUAUUUACAUUUGCUAAAAAGAUGCUGGACUGCUCCAUUCAGAAAAAAGGUAGAUGUUUUUUCAUAAAAAUAUUAAAUGACAAGAAUCUAUUUUAGUUAUGUUAUAAAACAAAUAAUGAAUGUUUUUUCAUUCGUUGAAAGAUUGCCUGUUCCAUUCAACUUAGCCCUGCUUCGUUGAAUGGAACAGUCAACCUUUCAACUUAUUUGUGUAACAAUAUACUGUUAUCGUAUUGUAAUUUUGUUUGUAUUUAAGUUAAUAAGGGAUCCUUCAACUUUUAAAAUUUAAAGUCGGUACUCAACAUUAGUUUCUUGACUUUACAUUUUCUUGAUCCUUUUAGAUUUAAGUAUUGAAAUAUAAUUGUUCUAGAGGUUUCUGAAUAAACUGAAAUAGACAUUUGUCAUAGA